AUGGCUUUGAGCAACCUCACCAUUGGGGUGGUCUGCUGCGUAGUGGUAGCCAUCGUCGCUUUGGCUACCAGAAAGCAGCCCGACGCAAGAGAGCCGCCGUAUGUCAAAGAGACCGUCCCUUACUUCAGUCACAUUUACGGACUUUUGAAGCAUGGCCUGCGAUACUUUGAUCUCGUCAGCGCUCAACAACCGCAUCCAAUCUUCACGAUUGACAUGUCGGGGCAGAAGAACUACAUCGUGACAUCUCCAGAACUUGUGCAGGCCGUUCAGCGCAACACAACUUCUCUUUCAUUUAGCCCUGCCAUGAUUCCAGCAUUCCGUCGAAUGAUGGGAUUCGACGAGGCGGGUAUUGAACUCAUCUUUCGCGAUGCUCAUACUGAGAAUGGCAUGUAUGGUGAGAUUCAUAGAGUUCAAAAGGCUUCCUUGCUUCCGGGUACAGAAUCUCUUGAUGAGCUGUGCACACUGAUUCGUGCCAAGCUGCUCAACAUCGUCAAUGAGCUUCCUUUAAGCCAGACGAUCGAUUUCUAUGCAUGGGUUCAAGAUCUUUUCAUGAGAACAAAUAACUCUGCUUGCUUUGGAGAGAAGGAUCCAUUCACCAUUGAACCAUCGCUGAACUCAACAUUCUGGGCCUGGGAGGCCAAUAUCAAGGUGCUUCUCCUUGGAGUCCCUUGGUUCUUGAGUCCCAAGAAGCAUUCCACAGCGCAGAGAACUCGGAAAGCGCUCGUCGAUGCAUUCUUGAAAUAUCUCAACAAUGAUGGCUUGGAUACUGCCUGCUCAUUCAUCAAGGAACUUUCAGGCCUGGGCAUCCGACGGGGUUUGAGUAAUGAAAACAAUGCCCGCGCUCUGCUUGGCAGCAUCCUUGCCAUUGUUGGAAACACCAUCCCCACGACAUUCUGGCUGUUGAUAUCAAUCUUCUCCAGACCAGAUCUUUUGAAAGAGAUUCGAUCCGAGCUUGAAGCCACUCUUGAAGAUCCUUCGUCUGGGACAGUAUCUCUUGACUGCACCACCAUCCGUGAGAAGUGCCCAAUCUUCAUGUCAACAUAUGACGAAGUACUUCGAAUGACAAGUGGCAUUGCAACAGUAAGGUACACCAACGAAGACACUCUAAUUCAGGACCGCUGGCUCUUGAAGAAAGGAGCUCAAGUUCAGAUGCCAACAGCAUUCAUCCACGCUGAUCCAACAACAUGGGGCGCAGACGCGGAUGUCUUUGACCACACAAGAUUCCUGAAGUCCAAGGUCCUCACCAAGGAGCAGAAGACCCGAAGGUCUGCCGCUUUCAGACCAUUUGGUGGUGGCAACACGCUCUGCCCUGGUCGUCACUUUGCUUCUUAUGAAGUCCUAACCUUUGCGGGAAGCGUUCUGUUGGGGUUCGAUAUGAGUCCCACGACAGAGUCUUUCAUAGUUCCACCAAUGGAUAGAUCCAAGCUUCCUUUGACGUCUCUGAAGCCGGCUGGGGAUAUUACGGUGAAUCUGUCGAGACGGUCUGGUAGGGAAAAGGUGCACUUUAGAUAG